GGUGUGGUAUGAUAACUAUCUGUUUUUUAAGAUGCAUUCAGAUGGAAAAUAGAACUGAGCAGAAUAUUAGUGUAAACUUGAUGCAUUUAAUCCAACAUUUUUUAACAGUUUUUUUUUUCAUUACACCUGAAAGGAACAAGACUUCAUAAAACACCAUCAAUUAUUAGAAUAUUAAGAUUUUCAGGCUCACCCUUCUCAUAAAUUAUAUUUGCCUCAAAAAAGGCUUUUACUUAACAUUUUAAAGGCUAGUAAAAAGAGGAAGAAAGCAGCCUAAUCUGUUCGCGCAUUUUGCAAUAUAUGCUCAUAAAAAUAGGUUUCCACAUUUCCAUCUGCUCAUAGACCCUGUCAUAUGCACACCAGAGGGGUGAGUCACCACUUUGUUUAUGAAAUCAUGUCACAUUUUUUUCUUAUCUUACUGUUAUAGUACAUCACAAUUCAAUCUGAUUGUGUGAUCAUGUUCGCAACAAAUUGAGUUUUCUGUUUUUCUCCACAUCCUUAUGAAACAGAUAAAACUGAAAAAACUAAAUGAUUAGUUGUGAAUGAAUACCUUUUUUCUUCCUGGCAAACCUUAGCCUAGAUAUGUGUCCUCCAUAGGACCACUACUCUUGUAAAACAAAGCUAUUUUCUUGGGCACAACACUCGCCAACUACACUGUCAUUCGUUAUUUAUUCUAUUAAAUUUGAUCAAACAAUUUAUUAUCUAACUCACUGUAACCUACAUGUCAGUUGUGAUUUUUUAUAAUACGCCUUUUAAAAAGAAGCAGCACUUUAAAUAACCAGUCAAUAAUUUUCUCCUUGUCAGAAAUAACCUGCAGAUAUUUACUGACUGCAGUGUCAGUACCGACGUUUCACAAAGCCAUCACAUUCCUUGGUGUCAAAGAAAAGUUAAUUAAGAUUUCCUUCUUUCAUUAGUUUAAAAGCUAAAAUGGAUUAGAUUGACCUGUAAUAGAAUAAGAGAAUUAAAAGAGCCAUUUUCACAGUAUGACAGCCUUUUAACAUCAUGUGCAGCCAACGGCAAAGCUUAGCGUUGCUUGACUCUUUCACCAAACAUCCUUUUACAACAUGUUUACAUUAAAGCAGUGAGUGGGCUUCAUGAAGUAGUUAGAGUAUUUCUGUUCCAUAAGCGCUGAAUUAUAUUUUAUACAAGCAGUCCACUUUAACAAUUUAAACAUAAUAAUUAGGCCCUAUUAACACAGCUUUAUGGGAUGAUUCAUCACUAUAUGAGGCUUGUUAAAUCCGAGUCCCACAGCCGUGUGAGAAGCAGAGCCCAUGCUGCACUGUUUGUUGUUCUGCCCUCUGCAUGGGUAAGUCUACACGCUAGGUUAAGCACUAAAUUGGGUAACUGUCCAGUGACAACACCUGCUCGUACUGAUCAUCUUGUGCUGGAGAAAGACUGGAACUGUUUUAAUACAACAAACAUUUUGGCCGGCAAUUGAUCCAAGACGAAGGAUUUGGACACAAAAUGUCAACCCUGAGAGACAAGAGAAAGGAGUAUCUAACUGUCAAGGACCUGCAGAAGGUGUUGGAUUCCUGUAAGCUGCAACUCAAUCAAAUUGAUGAGGUGUGGCCGAAUAUAUUCAUAGGAAAUGUGGCAGCAGCCCAAAACAAGGCUGCCUUGCUGAAAUUAGGUAUAACUCAUGUGUUAAACGCUGCUCACUCCAAGCGAGGCAGCAAGGGGAACCAAAGCUUUUAUGGCAACGACAUCGUGUACUUUGGCAUUCCGGCAGAUGACUCCACACACUUUGAUCUGGAUGUUUACUUCAAGCCUGCAGCUGAUUUCAUUCAUAAAGCCCUGAAGACCCCUGGUGGAAAGGUUUUGGUGCACUGCAUCAUGGGAAUGAGUCGCUCGUCAACGUUGGUGUUGGCAUACCUUAUGAUCUACCAUGACCUCUCUCUAAAAAAGGCUUUGCAGAAAGUGAUACAGAAAAGAGCCAUCUACCCCAACAAGAAUUUCCUGGCUUUGCUGCUGGAUCUGGAUCUUCAGCGGACGAGAAAGAAGAAAUCGUACUACCACGUAACAUUAACAGUUCCAGAAGCUUUGGACCAGGGCCUCCUUGACGUCUUGGUCCCGUGGGUCUGUGCCCUGCAGAUUGUAAAAGCAGAAGUGGAGCACCCAGACAUGCCCAGAGGCCUCAGUUGGCUGAUGAGCCCUGAAGGGGCAGACGGCACAUAUGAGACCCCCUCUGCUGCAGAGCUGCAGAGACUGAUGUGGACAAAGAAAGGGACCAGCAACCAUCUGGAUGAGGUUUAUCCCAGAAUCUAUAUUGGAGACAUGUAUGCAGCCAAAAACAAGAGGACACUGCAGGCUCACCGCAUUACCCACAUGCUUAAUGCUGCCGACGGAAAGUUUAAUGUGAACACGGGACCAAGCUUCUACCGAAACACCAAAAUCACGUAUCAUGGAGUGGAAGCUUUUGACAUGCCAUCCUUUAAUUUAAGUCCCUUCUUCUACCCAGCAGCUAACUUCAUCAAGAAUGCCUUGAGCUUGCCAACAGGUAAAGUUUUUGUCCACUGCGCCAUGGGUCUCAGUCGCUCUUCCACCUUGGUAUUGGCCUAUCUGAUGAUCCAUGAGAACAUGACUUUGGUGAACGCCAUUAAAGCUGUCAGCACCAACAGGAAUAUUUUACCUAAUCAGGGUUUCAUGGAGCAGCUACGAAAACUGGAUAUAGAGCUUCACUGCCAUGGAUCAUCAGGGAAAUUGGCACGUUGAUGAUUGGACCUAAAUAAAUUGGGCUAUGAAGAGCCUGGUGCAAAUAUAUGUCUACAAAGCCACUAUUGAAUGUAAAAUGUAAAUGUAAAAUGUGUUUACAUUGUUAGCUGAAUUCCAUCUUUGCCUAAGUUCAGAAAGGUCCAACACUAAAAUCAUCUACCAACUUCGUGGUCUUUGAACUUCACACAGCUCACACAAUGUCUGUCUCCAGUACUCCUGCACUCAGCUGCACACAUGCAGAAGAAAAAACACAUUUAUAGUACCUUCUGAAACCACAAAGAAUAUGUGAUCUAAACAUAUGGCAGUCUCUGCCUCCCUCUGGACAGGUCACCAUUUCAUAACAGGAGCAGGAAGUCAGAGAACCAACAAAUCCACAGGCAGAAUGUGCUAAUUCAAUAUAGAAAGGCUCCCAGUUCCCCAGGGAUUUGAACUAGCAACUCUCUCGCUGUGAGGCAAGGGUGCUGAUACCAAAGAGUAAAUAUUUGAACUACAUCUAAAUCUUAACUCGAAAUACAAGCCUUCAGAUAGAAUGAAAAAAUUCCCCCACACACAGGAUCACACACAGCUCUUAACUGCAUGAGGGAUGAAAGUCCUCAGCCAUGUUUUGCUUAUGACAAACAUAGUUUCAAUCAAACAUCUGCAUUGUGGUUUCUAUAUAGGAUUAGUCUUUCAUAUUGUUUAAAAUCAAUAGAUAACUGUAUUAAGAUGUGGUCUAAACUAAACUAUAAUAACUUCUCGCCAUAAUGAUCACUUUCACCAUUACAGCAGUUAGAACAGCAGCGACUGAUCAGUUGAGCUUGUAACAACAAAUGCAUUUUACUUCAGUCAGAUUCAUCUGAGGUAUAAAUAGUCCACUCUCCUCUGACCCAGUCUCUGGAAUGUUCAGCUGCCUCGUUUCAACAGGGUAACAUCACUGGUAUCCAGCUCAUGAGGGAAACAGAGUGUGCCGCAGCAGUGCGCUCACAAGUUUAUUACAAAGCUGCUCCUUAGGUAGGAAAGCAGGAUUUUUUUUUUUCCUUCCUGAGCCAUAAUUGGGAAAAUUCUCUUUAUCGAGUUGAAAAUAGAUUGUGUUAAUUAUACAGCAACACUGAGGUGAGAGGUUUGGAUAUGAGCUCAGAGGAGGAGUCAAAGUAUCAAACACCACCCACCUGCGAUCUGCUCAGCCUUCUGCUGAAGAACAGACACCCCACUGGAGCUGUCAAUGAGGUUUGGCCCGACCUCUUCAUCGGGAAUGCAGCCUCAGCUCAGGAUAAAACCAUGUUAGCUAAUCUGCAAAUAACGCAUGUGGUGAACGCUGCAGAUGGUCCACGGCACAUUGAGACCGGGCCACGUUUCUACAGAGGCACCAACAUACUGUACCGUGGAAUAGAGGCACAAGACUGCAAAGACUUUGACUUGAGCCCAUUCUUCCAUGAAACUGCUGAUUUCAUUCAUCAGGGUCUGAGCCAGAGAGGUAGAGUGCUUGUUCACUGUGCUCGAGGAAUCAGCCGCUCAGCUACUCUUGUGCUGGCCUUCCUGAUGAUCAAAGAAAGACUCACUCUUGUGGAGGCGGUGGAGGUUGUUUGCAGGAGCAGAAACAUCCUCCCAAACAUCGGGUUUUUGAACCAGCUCUGUCAUCUGGACACAACCUUGGCUUCACAGAGGGGAAGGACAGAACAUCUGGAGGACGAGUGGAGACAUGAAUGAAGGGUUAACUAUGAGGCGUGACACAAAAGCUGACCAUCUUUUGUCUUUACAUGACACCGGAACAUUUUAUGGGAGCUCCUUUUAUGACAAAUCAAGGUUAUACUGAAUGAAAUAAAAACACAAAUGUGCCCUGGACUGAAUAUUUUGAUUUUUUAAAAUAAAUAUCUA